GCGGAGGGAGGGCGAGAGGGAGGCAGGGCCGAGGCGGGAUCCCGGCCCCGCCCGCCUCCCCGCACCUGAGCGAGCAGCGGCGGCUCCGCGGCGGCUCCGGCCCCCUCCGCCGCCCGCCCAUGGCUCGGCCGCUGCCGCUGCUCCUCUGCCUGGCCGCGCUAGGCGUCGGCUGCCGGGCAGGGUCUCCCCCCGCUGGCACGGCCGGGCCCUCCGUCGAGCCGCUGCAGGACGAGGCUGACAACCAGGAGAACAUUCUCUCCCAGCUUCUAGGUGAUUACGAUAAAGUGAAGGCAGUGUCUGAAGGCUCCGACUGUCGGUGCAAAUGCCUGGUCAGACCCCUGGGCCGUGGUGCUUGCCAAAGGAUUAACGAAGGAGCUUUCAAAGCAGAGGACUUUUACACGGUGGAAACAAUCACAUCAGGACCCAGCUGCAAGUGUGCGUGUGUGGCCCCACCCUCAGCGCUCAAUCCUUGUGAGGGAGACUUCAGGCUGAAGAAGCUGCGGGAGGCGGAGAGCAGUGACCUGAAGCUGGCCUCUGUCAUGGAGAUGCUGGAGAGUGCCUUUUAUGGCUUGGACCUUCUGAAGCUGCACUCAGUCACAUCCAAGCUGGUGGGUCGGGUGGAAAAGCUCGAAGAGGGCAUGUCCCGGAACUUCACACAGGAAGGCCACCAGGCAGGAGCCAAUAUGGAGGAGGGUCUGCAGGAUCACCGGGCCAGGGAGAACUGCUCCAGCCUCCUCUCCAACAGCCUUGCUGACAUUGAGGGCUCGCUGCAGCGGGAUGCCGAAGCUGUCUAUACCCCUACAGAGGGCAAAUAUGAAGACAGAUUCCUGAAAGAUGAAACCAUCUCGCAGCAGAUCAACUCUGUUGAGUCCCUCCCAGAGCUGCACCUCUCUCCAGCAGAUGAGAAGCCCAAGCAGCUUUUGCAGAGGAAACUGCACAUGAGGAGCCGGUCUCCUUCCAAGCCCACCAUUGUCCGAGGGGUCACCUACUACAAAGCCCAGUCCACUGAGUCAGAGAAUGACAUCGAGGAGCAGCCAGAUGAGCUGUUCAGUGGGGAUAACACAGUGGACCUACUGAUCGAAGACCAGCUCCUGAGGCCCAGCAGCUGGGCAGGUGAGAGUAUGAGGAAGCCCUCCCCGGUUGAAUGGCCAUCCACCCGUGGCAGCAACCCCAGCACCCCACCAGCUGCUGACACUGCUGUGAUGGCCACAGUGCCCCCUGCCACGUCCAUGAGGCCCACACCAGACCCCACUACUGUGAGCCAGCUGACCCCUAUCCCACAGACCACGACUGCUCCACCAGGGCUGGUGGAGGAGGGGACCCUGCAGCUACCAGUAGCCUUGGCCAGCACAGCGGUGGCCACAGACAUGGAAAGCCUGCUCACACUUCACCCUGCUAUGGCCACCACUGCCCAGACCUUGAGGGAUGUGGAGAUGAGCUCUGCCCUGGAGAGCAGCCCAGAAGCUUGGGGACAAGUGAGCACCCCUGCGAUGCCAGUCAAGUCCACCAGCCCCACCACCCCAAAACAGGCCCUGGAGGAGGAGGACAUCAGGAGCAUCGUUGGGCGCUGCAAGGAUACGCUGUCCACCAUCUCGGGACCCAUCACCCAGAACACUUACGGGCGCAAUGAGGGGGCCUGGAUGAAGGACCCCCUGGCCCAGGAGGAGCGUAUCUAUGUUACCAACUACUACUACGGGAACACACUGGUGGAGUUCAGGAACCUUGACAACUUCAAGCAAGGGCGCUGGAGUAAUUCCUACAAGCUCCCGUACAGCUGGAUUGGGACAGGGCAUGUUGUCUACAAUGGGUCCUUCUACUACAACCGAGCCUUCACACGCAACAUUAUCAAGUAUGACCUGAAGCAGCGGUAUGUGGCUGCCUGGGCCAUGCUGCAUGAUGUGGCCUAUGAGGAGUCCACACCAUGGCAGUGGCGAGGCCACUCAGAGGUGGACUUUGCCGUGGAUGAGAACGGCCUGUGGGUCAUCUACCCAGCCAUCAGCUAUGAAGGCUUCAACCAGGAGGUGAUUGUGCUGAGCAAGCUGAAUGCGGCUGACCUCAGCACCCAGAAAGAGACCACAUGGCGGACAGGGCUACGGAAGAACUUCUACGGGAACUGCUUUGUCAUCUGUGGGGUCCUGUAUGCGGUCGAUAGCUACAACAAGAGGAAUGCAAACAUCUCCUAUGCCUUUGACACGCAUACCAACACGCAGAUCAUCCCCCGACUGCUCUUUGAGAAUGAGUAUGCCUAUACCACGCAGAUAGACUAUAACCCCAAGGACCGUCUGCUCUACGCCUGGGACAAUGGGCACCAAGUCACCUACCAUGUCAUCUUUGCCUACUGAGUCAAACACACCCCUCCAGUGGGGCACUGCGAGCCAGGGACCACCAGCACCUUUUAUUAUUUUUAUUAUUAUUAUUAUUAUUAUUAUUAUUUUGUACAAAUCAAAGAGUACAUGAUGGUUUUUGUUUCAAGCUGUUUUUCAUGGUGGAUUGUAGAUCGAUCCCCACGCAAGAACCACCCCCUUCAUCUUCGCUUGCUUCUGGUUUUCCUUCCCAAGGGAAGGGUCCCACCUUUGGAAAGACUGACAUGGUUCUCCCACCUGUGGAGGAGGAGAUGUAGAUGCAGUCCUCCCGAAGAGGUUUUCACAUAAAGAGGAUCAGCGAGAGACCCAGAACCAGUGCAAGGCUGUCCUUUCUGCUGCAGGCACAAGGUCCCAGCAUGAUGCUGAUGACUGCCUGCCCUGGUGGAGAAGGUGUGUAUCCCAUGGGAUUAUCCCAUCUCUCAAGACCAUCUUCCCAGCCAAUUGGUGACCAGCAGGUCCUUUGGAGAUACUGCUGCACAAUGGGGCUGUGAGUGCAGUUCCAGCAGCCCUUGGUGCUGGCACUUAUGCUGAAGACUGUCCCCUCCACCUGGGGCUCCAUCCUUUGCAGCCUGCUCUGGGGGACUAGGAGUACCCUGAGCUGCAACUUGUGUCCAGAGUGAGCCAGCAUUAGGAAGGGGACAACGUAAAUAUGUGUAGAUGGCUUUUGUUUGGUCAUUUUGUAACCUGAAAUAGUCCCCUUUGGCAUUUGCUGGAUGAACACUGUUCUGCUGGGUACUGGGCUGCCUGGGUGGGGAGCUGCAGGUCUCGGGGAGACCUUGGACUGGGGAAGCUCUUGCUCCCCAUCUUACUGCCGCUCUGUCUCCCAUAGGGUCUCAGGCCUUAUGUCCUCUCACUGCUGUGCUCGACUGGGUCCUGGCUGUUGGCCAGUGGGAGACUGUCAGAGGGCACUACCCUGGUCAUUCUAGCCCGGCAGCAUUUUGUAUUUAUCUGCUGUUAAUAAAUGAUCAAGUACCUUUGCA